CUGCUGGUUGGUUAAUAAAUCCAAAGACAAAAAGAAAUAUAUUUAAAAACUAAUUCAACUCGGCAAUAUUAUUAAGGGAACUACUUUAUCUUAUCUGAUAAAUUGACAUUGAUCCAAAUAACUGAGAUGUACCCAUGUAGGUAUAUAGCCGAAAUUCUAACGGACACAAGGAAACCCGCUAAAUUUAUAUAAACAAAUAUGGCAGCGAAGCCACAGCUGAUAAAUAAAAUUUCAACUAGCAAUUCCGUCUCCUAGUAAUAAUAAUGGAAACUUUGUCAAUUAACAUUUGACCUGAAGGCCGACGGACUAUCGAUCGAUAUCUGUUUGUUCUCUGUCUUAAGAAAGUAGAACCGAUAAUAAUCAAUAAUUUUUCUCCUCGCAUUUUUCAAUCCAAUUCUUUUCAAGUCAUAAUAUUCUAUAGACUAAAGAAGCUUUAUCUUUGCUUGCACAAAAACGAACCUUUUUUAUAAGCAACAGUUAAAGAUUGAAAAGUUUAUGUUCAAUUGGAAUAAUCUUGAUUUAAGUGUCGAUUUCAAUAUAAUACAUAUAAAAUGUAGGUACUAAAAGUUAAGACAAAACAUUGGUCUCUCAUUAAUUGUAUCUACGGUUACCUUGUAAUUGUAAUCUGUGAUGUAUUUUCUAAGCAUGUCUGAACAAGUCGCCGCAAAAUUUAAAUUUUUAGAGAGAAUUAAACGGUAAAUACAUGCAGUGCAGUCAUCUCGUAAUAUUUUGUCGUUAUACGGUUUAAUAGUUAUGGAUAUCCCUAUAUGUUUUUCCCACUAUUUUAUGAAUAAGCAAAAUGUUAGAUCGUUUCAAAAUAUAUUUAAUAUUAAUUUAUUUAAAUCGGCCGAAAAUGAAGUAUAUAUACAGAACGUCCUUCAAGAUUCGGCAAGUGAAAUAUCUCAAGGACUGCGUGAUGUAUUAAAUACCUUGAGAAUCAAUAUUUUAAAGUAUUGUAAACAAGAUUUUAAAGAAGUUUUUGAACCUCCAGGACAAACCAAGACAUUGUGUCCUGUUGAUAAAGGAUAUAUUUUUAAUGGGUGCUCAUCCGGAUUGUUUAAAAUUAUCCCGAACGCUUUCUUUGGAAAUAACCAUAAUUUAAAAAUAUUUCAAAAGUGUUUAAAAACCAUAGUUUACAGUAUGAGGAAACAACAUUUAAUUUUCUCAAUGUUUAUAAAAACAUGGAACUACGAUGUUGGACUAUGGGCUUCUUUCGAAUUGAAUAUUGCACAGAAUAUGCUGUUAGCCGUCUUAAUGUGGGUAUUUAAAAAUAUUUUAUCGGCAAUUAUUUGUCUUAAUUUUUAUGUAACAACCUGUAAAAUUGAUGCGGACGAGAAUAAGCUACAUUAUUUUUGGAAAUAUCAAUGGCAAAGUUUUUACGAUAAAGAAAUACAUAAAUUGCUAGUUCGACGUGCUUUAAGCAAAUAUGAGCCUUACUGUCUAGGCAAAAAAGUAAAGAAAAGAUUAAAAUAUCAACAAUGUAUGGCAAUUAAAAACAUCAGAAGGGAUAUACCGAAACUUCACUUUAUCUUAAAGCCAAAUAACGAAGUUAGACCAAUCGUCCGAUACAAAAAUGGCAUAUUAAGUAUUUCGGAAAAAUAUAAAAUCAAAGAAAAAUUGUUGUUCCUUAAACUUUUAAGUGGACAGGGAAGACGUAAAUUAGAAUCUCAGUUUGUUUCAUUACAUUCGGAUUGGCUGAAACGAAAUAAACCAAAAUUAUAUUUUAUUAAAGCUGAUUUACGAAAUGCUUUUGGAUCUAUCAAUAAGUCGUUACUUAAAAGAAUCAUUUCGGAGAAGAUGGAAGAUUUAAAGAAAGAAAACUCCUACUAUUUUAAAAAAUUUUGUGUGCAAUACAAAGAAUUGUUGGCUGAACUUCAAAAGCCCAUAUAUGUUCGAGUUGGUUCCACAAUUUUUGCUUGGCAAUCUGGUUUAGUCCAAGGAUACGUAUAUUCACCAGCUUUAUCUGAAUUAUAUUAUUCAUACUUAGAUAAAUUAUAUUUUUCCGAACAUCUUGAACAAAGUGAAAAUCAACUAAAACUUUUUACUAGAAUUGUCGACGAUUAUCUCUAUAUUACUGAUUGUUUAGAUGACGCUUAUGCGUUCAUAAAUGCGCUGUCAAAUUACAAAAAUGUAAACUACGAUAAAACUGCUGUAAAUUUUGAAUAUCCAGGUAUAAACUAUAGUGAUGUCAUACAAUUUGUCGGAUACACAUAUAAUACGCAAGAUUUAAUUGUUAAUAGAGCGCGUAAUAUUUAUGCUGGUCAUAUGUGUUAUAAAAUAACAUUCUCCCAAUCGAUCAGCAAUAUAAAUACAUUUUUAGAGAGCAGAAUUGGCCAGACUGGUAUCCCAAUAAAUUCUCUUUUAUUUAAUUUAAAUAACAUGGACGAGGAGAUACUAUGGCGCAACAUUUUCGUCACAUUUUGUAUAUCCGCAAAUAAAUUUUGUACAAUACUUUCCAUAUUGUGUGAGGACAUGUUAGACUAUUUAAUAAUUUAUAAAAGACAAGUUAGCGUGAAGCUUACGAACUCUAUAAUAAAAGUAUUGUCUAGAAAUAAACCCAAUGAUUAUAUGUUUAUGUACUGCAUAAAUCAUUUCCGUUAUUUGUCGUUUAAGGCCUUAUUGCUAUGUGCUAAAAAGACACCCAAAUGCAAUAACCUUGUAAGCCAUAUAAACGGGGAAUUAUCGAAAUGUAAUUGUCUAUUCGGUAAAUGGCGGAACCAUGCAUCUAGAAUAAGUAGAAAUGGCGAUUCACAGAAAGCGGCUAUACAAAGUAUAUGCAGAAGAACGGAUUUGAGAAGAAUUACGAAGUCAUUUGAAGAUUUGCCAACAGGUUUUGAGUGCUAUAAGAAUAUGUAUGUGUGAAAUUAAACAAGUAUUA